AUGCCUCCCAAAGGUUUCUUCUCGCGAUUUCUCCCUGGCUCAAAGAGAGCAUCCGAACCAUCCCAGCCAGCGGGAACUCCAGGCAGGAAGCGAGAUCGCGAUGCCUCCUCACCGCCAGCUGCCUCGCAGCCAACCCCGAAGAAGCAGAAAGCGGCCUCGAGUCCUCAUGCGUCCGAUAACAAAGAGCUCGUCCGUGAAAAAGACUCGCACCGUGUCGAGCAACCCAGCGUCGUCGCCGAGAACGGUGUUCAGCAAACCCAAGACGGGAAGAAGAGUGCUGUCUCGGCGGAUGGCAGCGAGACAAAACCAGAAUCGACUCCUCGGACUAAGUCGCGUGGCUCAAAGAAGGAAAAGAAACUCAUCAUGCCGGAUCUCGGAGUCGCUUCUGAACCGGUUCAAGCUGCUGCAGAUCUGAAGAAGACGACGGAGCAGAAGCCCGAAGACAGCAAUCAGACCGACCUGCUGGACGGGAAGGCCAACAGCUCGAAGGAAUCCAAGAAACGCAAGAGGAAGCCGGAAGAAGAGGAGGAAAGUGAAGAUUCUCUGAGUCAAUCGAUUACCAAGCAUUCUAAGAUUCGCUCGAGAUUCGAAAAAUCGAAAGCGAUAAAGGAAGCCCUUGCUAAACCAGCUCCGGCCCCUGACACUGGGGAGAAGCCUACGUACUCAUCUCUGCCCGCGUGGCUUUCCAACCCUAUCAAGGCGUCUGUUGACAAGCGAGCCAAGUUUUCCGAUUUGGGGAUUGACGACAAGUUGGUCGGCAUCCUCAAGGACCACGGAUACGAGGAAGCAUUUGCAGUGCAGACGACAGUCAUUCCGCUUCUGCUGCAGACUCCGAACAGCCAUCCGGGAGACCUGUGUAUCUCUGCGGCGACUGGGUCAGGAAAGACGCUCGCUUACGUGCUACCUCUGGUGCAAGCGCUCGAGGCGACUCCAGCUCCGGUGCUGCGAGGUGUCAUCGUCGUGCCCACCAGAGAGCUAGUCAAGCAGGCCCGGGAAGCCUGCGAGUUGUGCGCUAUCGGUUCCGGGCUGCGGAUUGGCACAGCGGUGGGCAAUGUGGCUAUCAAGGACGAACAACGCAUGCUGAUGCGAGUCGACUCGAUUUACGACCCGGAAGCGUUUAGAGCGCGGGAGGAGCGGGCUAUGACGGCCAAGGACUGGACCGAAUUCAACCUCAGCGACUACAUGACUGAAGCGGAGACGGUGGAUGGGUCGUUGCACGGAUACGUGAACAGGCCAGAACCGAAUGUGGAUAUUCUAAUCUGCACUCCGGGCCGUCUUGUCGACCACAUUCGCUAUACCAAGGGCUUUACGUUACGCCACGUGGAAUGGCUGGUCGCAGACGAAGCGGAUCGCCUUCUGAACGAGAGCUUCCAGGAAUGGGUGGACGUGGUGAUGAAAUCGCUGGACGAGAGGAAGACUCUCCUAGCGGAUGGAUCAGCGAGCAAAUUCCUUGCCGAUUUGAAUCUCCCGCUGGAGAAAAAGGAGCCGAGAAAGGUGGUGCUGAGCGCGACGCUGACGACCGAUCUAUCGAAAUUGAACUCGCUGCGCCUCGUGAACCCGAAGCUGGUGGUGAUCGGUGCGCCAAAGGUCGAGAAGAAGGAAGAUCCAAAUGAGCUGAUUAAGGACACGGAGACCACGUUCACGCUGCCAUCGACAUUGAAGGAGUAUAGUGUUUCCGUGGGCGACGGGUCCGAGAAGCCGCUGUAUCUGCUGCAGCUGUUGCUGCAUCAUAUCAAAGUGGAGACUGGCGAAAACGAAAACGCUGGAAAGGCUCGCGCGCAGUCAGAGAGUUCGUCUGAUGACGAAUCCAGUUCUGUGUCGUCCGAUGAGGACUCGACUUCUGAUUCCGACGGUGACUCGUCUUCUUCGUCGUCUUCGUCGUCGUCUUACUCAGAAUCAGAAUCCGACUUCGACUCCGAAUCUGAGUCUGAGUCUGAAUCUGACUCCUCAUCUGACGAGUCCAGCGAUUCUUCCAGCGAUUCCUCCAGCGAUUCCGAUUCCUGGUCUAUGUCGAGCGUCUCUGAAGAUGAAGACAGUAGCAACAACAAAUCCCCACGCACCACCGUCCUAGUGUUCACCAAAUCCUCCGAAGCAGCAGCACGGCUCUCGCGGUUGCUCUGUCUAAUGCACCCGCCUCUUGACUCCCAAAUCGGGACGAUCCUGAAAUCGAACAAAUCGUCCGCCUCGCGCCGCACGCUGCGCGCCUACCGCGCGGGAUGGAUCUCGAUCAUCGUCGCGACGGACCGCGCCGCGCGAGGUCUCGACCUACCGAACCUGACGCACGUCGUGAAUUACGACAUGCCGACCAGUGUCACUACGUACGUGCACCGCGUGGGGCGGACGGCGCGGGCUGGCAAGCACGGGACGGCAUGGACGCUGGUCGCGCACCGCGAGGGGCGAUGGUUCUCGCGGGAGAUCGUCAAGGGGUCCGAGGGGAAGAUUGUACGUGAUGGUGCGGUUGAGAAGGUCCAUGUCAAGCUGGACCAAGACGGCGACCAAGAGCGUCUGGAGCAGCUGAGAGGGGACUAUGAAGCUGCGUUGGAGGAGUUGGCGAUCGAAGUGAAGACGGACGGUAGGGCGCAGAAGAAGGAGAAGGAAAAGCAGAAGCAGAAGCAGAAGCAGAAGAAGAAUACAGUACCUAAUCUUGUGGACGAGCAUGUAUUCAUGAUGUAUCUAUGUAAUGUUUGCAUACAUUGCCCUUAUGAUUAUCUAAGACUACAGUAG